AUGGUUUUUGGAGGCAUUUUCGAAGGUGGACACCUUCUGAAGAUGCUGCGUCUUGAUCGCUGGGCCCUCUUCCUCUCGCUUCUCCUUCUCCUUGUUGUGUCGUCCACCUCUGGGUUUUUCAGCUGGCUCGCUCGAAGUGGAACCCCGGAAAGCCCCCCCGUGCCCCCCGCACCCACGCCAGACCCAGCUCACCUUCCACAUGUGCCUUUUGAGAUGACCAUAGCAGAUGAGAGGUUCUUAGCUGAGGCCCGGCGGCUGGAUCUGUCGCCCCUGGACUCCUGCCACCAUAAGGUUGUUGCACAGCUUCAGUCGUCUUGCACAGACCUGACGGAAGAGGAGCUGGCCAAGCUGGGCGUCUCCCUGUUCAACUGCCAGGCCAGCGUUGAAGAACGUAGGACUUACCUGUGCACUGCCGACAUGACUCUAGCAGAAUGCACAGCCGGGAUGGAUCCGGACACCUGGAAUGCCUAUCACAUCGUGAGCAACCGAGCCCGGGCUGUCUGCUACGCCACCCGUCAGAUGCAGUUCAAGCGCCGAGCAGAGCAUACUGUCAAUGCCUUGGUCUCCACUGCCGUCAGCCAGCUGGAAGCGAUGAAAAUGCUUAAGAGCGGGCAGGAGGAGCUGAAGGAGCUGACCUCGGAAUCGCUGCAGAAAGUGGCCACCAGCCAGGAGGCGCUCCUGGCCCAGCAGGAGAAGUUGCAAGGCAGCCAAAUGCAGAUGGGGGAGUCGCUCCACGACAACCUGGACCAACUGGUUCAGGAGAAGGCUCUGAUUGCCAGCGGGCAGCAGCAGGUGGCACAACUGAUUGAGGGCAUUACAAAAAGGAUGGAAAACAUCAGCCGUCACCUAGAUCAGCAGGACCUGGAGCUGCAAGACGGUCACAAGGCCAUCCUUGAGGACCUGUCCCAGGUGCAGAUGCGAGCUCAAGAUGUCUACUCCAAGACAGAGACCAACCUGGGCUUGUUCACGGCCUACCAGAACCAGACGGCCUUGUAUUACGAAGAGCUGAUGGAGAAGCUGCAGAAGAUGAACCAGAGCCUUGGAGUGUUGCUGAACGCCAUGGACCGGAUGCAAGCGAGUGUGGAAGGGCAGCUCCAACACAUUCGGAGGUUCAUGAACUGGGCAGGGUUCAGCCUCAGCUCCGUCUAUACCUGCGUCUUACACGGCAGCUAUUUCCUCCUGGCAGCCCUCAUCAUGACCUUCCUGCAGACUCCCGGGCUCCCGCGUGCCAUGCUGCUAGUCCUCGUUGUGGCCAACGCCCUGUCCGAGCUGAACCAUGCCGCCUCCUUGGGCUUCAAGUCGCUCACCUGCCUCUUAAUCUUGACUGUCGCAGGCAAUGAGCUCCUAGGCACCCUCUGCCACCGUGCCAUGAAAGGGAGGAGAUGGAAGCCCACCUGGGUACCUUUCCUGCGUCUGCGGCAGGAGGCAGAAGUGGCCACCCAGGAAGCACAGGUGAAAGGCUCCAGCUGCUGCCGGCUCACCUCCACGCCCGACAGCGAAGGUGAGGUUGGCCUCCUGAAAAGGGAACUGGAGAAGCUGGAAGACUUGAGCUACGCGACAGGUGACUCUCACCUGGCGAGAGACUCCCCAAUGAAGGGUGGGAGCAUCUUUCCGGAGGAAGGCACAAUGCAUCCUGCAGCCGUCUGGAAGCCUCAGCGGGGCUAUUCCCUCCACCCUAUGAGCCUUCGGCGCCAGAGUCUGACCCGCUCCAGCAGGCAGGAGGUAUUGGGGGAGACUGCUUAG